GUUGUUUCAGAACACAUUCGGUCCCCGGUUUGUUUUUACUUAAUCUUUGUGUAAACGACCUGUGUUGUGUGUCAUAAUAAGAUGUUCGCUUUUUAUCGGGAAUUUGGUGCGCGGUUUCCUUUCAUCGAUGUUUCCAUUCUAAAUAUUGUGAUAAUGUUUCGUUCUUCCGGAUUUUAAAGCCUAUCAGCACCGGUUAAUAGGUUCGGCGGAUAGUGCGCGGGGAGAUUAUCGUGUUUUUGGUACCAAAAACGAGAACGCGAAAGAGAGCGAAAAAAAUGACGAAAAAUCACCUCCCUUUUUUUGGUCGCGUCUUCGUCGUCGUCGUGUUUUCGUUAGGUACUUUUUUCAACGCUCGGUGGUGUUAACUGUUGAAUUUGUAUUGGUCUUACCUGUACUUUUGCACGUCCUCGAAUAAUGCAUACGCUUUUCGGCGAACAAGCCAGUUACUAUCGUCACAGCGGAAAUACCUACACCGGAAGUAUGUCCACUGCCGGGUACAACCCAUACGAGCAAUACUCUCGAUAUAGUUACCACGGAUGCGCGUAUCCGCAACAACAACUACACGCCAAUGGCGGCAAAGACAUGGUCAAGCCACCAUACUCGUACAUAGCGCUCAUAGCGAUGGCCAUACAGAACGCGCCCGAAAAGAAAAUCACCCUCAAUGGUAUCUACCAAUUUAUCAUGGAACGAUUUCCAUACUACAGAGAAAACAAACAAGGCUGGCAGAACUCCAUACGUCAUAAUCUCAGCUUAAACGAAUGUUUCGUCAAGAUCCCACGCGAUGACAAGAAACCUGGCAAAGGCAGCUACUGGACGCUGGAUCCAGACUCUUAUAACAUGUUCGAUAAUGGCUCUUACCUCAGACGCAGGAAAAGAUUCAAGAAAAAAGACGCAGUCCGAGAGAAAGAAGAAGCUCUAAAACGACAGCAACAACAGCAACACCAACAACACCACGUGCAGUUGAAGAAAAUAGAAGAUAAGAUACUCAGCGAACAGAAACUCGCAACGAAGCCGAAAAAGGAGCCUAAUACGAGUAGCUGUGCCAAUUCCAGGUACCUUCAUCAUCAUCACCAUCAUCAAGAUGUGAAACCAACCUUAGAUAGCAUAACUGAUGUUGGUUUUACUAUGGACAAUUUAGUGAUCUCAAGUCAAAAUUAUGUUCCUCGUACUGGGCAUACUGGUACGUAUCCUUAUCAUUGUUCGCAAUACAAUACAGAGGAUCUGAUCCCUAUAUCGUCCACAAAUCAGCAUCAAUUCCUUAGUGGAUCACCAGUCAGUACUCAUAGGCAUCCAAUGUGGUAUGCCAACGAUUCCUCUAUAUCGAAUACUGAUUUGUAUGAUUCCACUCUAACUAAUCCAAAUUGCCAGCUUGGAUUUAGAAAUGUACCAACGUAUUAUCAAGAACAUCAAGAUGGUUUAGUUAAGUACUGAUAAGUUUUUCCCAUAUUUUGAGCAAUAUCUUCAUUUUUUGGCCAUAACUUUUUGCCCGAGGUUCAUCAUUUUUUGUGCCAUAUUUGGAAAUGAUUUCGAAUGAUUAAGUAUAGAUUCGAGAAAUAAGUACCUACUUAAUUUGACCAGAGAUUGAAUUUUUUUUGAAGCCGUUGUGAUUUUAUUGAACUUCAACAGUAAAAGGAGAAUCUUCACUUUUGAUUAAAACAUACAAGUUUUUGUAAUUCAUCAAACGAUUAACGCCCAGCUUAGUCGAGUUAAAAACCCCAAGUGUUGAGUGUCAAAAUAUAAAAACGAGAUUUAUCACCUUUUCUUCCUAAUUACUCGUAUUUUUAUCACCUGCUAAAGUAUUUUUGAGAAUUUUCUUCCAGAGUAAUAACAGAUGAUUACUAUUAGGCGGUGUUAAUUUGCUUCAACAACGUUACGACUAUAUUCGUCAAUUUUGCAAAAAUUUCCUAAAUCCGGGGCGAUGAGGACAUUUUGAGAGAAAUUUGAAAAAUCCAGAUUAUGAUUUUUUUAUUCACCUCGAGAAUGUCACGUGAUAAACUUGAAUAAAAGUAGGUAUAGGUACCCUCUGAAUUAAUUAUCCCAUGCUAUCGCUUGCUCCUCCUACUUUUAUUCACAGAAUGUGUUUGUUCACCCACCCUCUUCCACCCUUCUUUUGAACACAAAAUAAAUAAUUAACGAUGAAAAGGAGAUGAAUUACAAUCGCGAAAUACAUAUUAUAAUUUAUUCACAUGCCUACUUCUGGUCGUUAAAAAGUGGCGGCGAAAAUUCUAAUUUUUUGUCAAAAAAGAACUCAACUAAUAAAUCUGAAAUUUGGAGGUUCAGUUUUGAUCUUAAAGGUACCUACACAGUUUUCAUUAGAAAAUCAGCGAAUCUGAAAAUCUAUAAGUUCCAGCCAUCUUUCCUGUAGCUAUGCUGGAGGCUUUAUUUUGAUUUUUGGGUCAAUCGGUUUCCAGAAUCAAAAUUGACACCUUCAAAAACAUACAAUUCGUUAUCUAUGUAAUUACCUACAUCACUUUUUUCGAUAGUUCGAUUUUUUUCGUUUUCUCUCCCUAUUCUAAGAUUAAGUAAUCGUUUUAAAAAACUCAAAAAACUGCAAAACAUUAUGAAAGACUUCAAAAAGUACAUGCUUCAUGAUGCUUGGAAAGAUGAUUUUUAUGGCGCAAUUUACCUUUCAGCAGAUUUGGUUUCCAAAAAAAAAAAGUAACUUUAAUAACUAAAAAAAAAUCAAUCAUUCAAAUUUUUAAAAAAAUGUUUAAACAAACAAAAUACACUUUUCAGCUGAAAAAACACUGUUUCUUACUUCUCGAAACAAGCUUUUGCCCUUGCUUAGCUCAGAUCUGUUUGCUUUUCAUUUUUAAAAUUGAAAUUUUUGAAAACUCAACAUUCAAAUUCUAAAAUUACGGAGUCAAAAAAAUGAACACAUUUUUUAAAAAGGACAUGGUUUUUCAACUCUUGAAAUACGAAUUUCUGAACGCUUUUUGCCAGAGCGAAGAGAAGGCAAACUAUCUCUUUUUUAAAUUGAAAAAAAUCCAUAUUUGAAACAUCUAUAAGUUCAAAACAUGAAAUAAAAUUUUGUUAGUAAAAUCGCCAUAACAAAACGCGAGCAAAAAAAAUCAAUAGACUAUUUUUGCCAAAGAAUUCGGAACUUUUUGGAAAUUUUUGAUAGCAAAGUGAAAAUUUUGGCGAUUUCCAGCAAAAAAGACAAUACUUAUUUGGCAAAAAAAAAGAGACUUCGACAAUUUCAGCGAAAGGAAGGACCUUUUUGUCAAUUUCUGGCAAAAAAACGAGACUUUUUGGACAAUUUUUGAAUAAAAAUGAAAUUUUUAGGUACAGUUGAAAAAAACCACAAUUUUUUAGCAAUUAUUGCCAAAUGACAAGAUUUUUUGACCAUUUAGACAAAAGACAAGCCUUUUUGUCAUUGUUGCCAGAAAGCGAAACUUUGACAAUAAUUUAAGAAAAUAGCAGAUUAUUUUUCAGCAAAUUUUAAUCAAAAAAGCGAAAAUUUUUAGCAAUUUUGCUGAAAAGCGAGAAUUUGUCGAUUUUCGAAUCAGCGUAAAUUGAAAAAUUUUAGAAAAAAGCAGGACUUUUUGAGAGUCAAUUAAAAAGUGGGAGGUACCUACUCUUCGGCAAUUUCCACCAAAAAUCAAAACUGUUGAGUUUUUGAAAAAUUGAGACUUUUUUGAUAUUUAUUUUUUUGCGAAAAAGCGGAGUUUCAAAAAUGUGUUGGAUAUUUUGACAAAAUGUGAGAAUUUUUGUGAAUUUUUAAAAAAACAUAAGCGAAAACUUUCCACAACUUUAGCAAAAAUAAGCAGGAUUUUUUGAGAAUUAUUGGAAAAAAAUUGGUGCUUUGUAUUGUUGGGCAAUUUCAGCCAAAACUCCGAAAUUUUUCGAGAAAAUUUUGAAAAAAUCGACUUUUUGGAUUUUUUGGCCAAAAAGGGACAAUUUCAAGCGAAACAUUUAGAUGAUCUGGAAAUUUUGACAAAAUGUGAGACUUUUUUAUAUUUUGUGCAGAAAGCGAUACCGGCAAUUUAAGUGAAAGGCAAGGCCGUUGUGUUGAAAAGGCAGUAGAUACCGGGCAGGAAAUUGAUAAAAAAAUGAAUAUGUUUUUUCCUAUUUUCAAAGAAGGGAGAACUUGAGUAACAAAAAGUUAAUACGAGCUCUGAAAUGAAUUGUAAGUAGACCAAGUGUAUUACCAAAGAAUUUGGAAAAAAUUGAAAGUUUAUAAAUGUAUUUAGCUUGAUUGAAAAAACAUAUUCUAAGACAUCAGUAACCAAAAGUCAAGAUUGUCAAAUGUUUUCGGGGAUUUUUGACGAAGCUGUGAAAAGUUAACAAAAAAUGCAUUGAGGCAAAUUUUGAAAUUAUUCAUUAAUAAUAUUUUUUUAUCCAAACAAAACAAACCAAUGAGUGUUCAAACCUCAAAAUUGCAAGCAACCAACUUCGAGCUAUUCUGGAGCCUCCAGCGAGUUUUCUACUCCCUGCAGGAAUAUCAAAUUGCUGUAAAUAGACAAAAAAUGCACUUUAGCACCCAUUACUCCGGCCGGUACUCAUUGGGCACCAUCUUGUCUGUUUAAAAGGAUUAUCAGAUCAUCUCGAAAUUCCAGGAGUAAAUUUUUGACCAACCAAAAAAAGAGAAAAACGUCAAAUUUUCAACCAAAAAAAAAUAAUCGUUUUUUAGUUAUUUCAAAGUCUCGAACGAGUUUUUCAUUUUCUUCAGAAACAAAAAUGGCUUCAAUGUAUGUACCUACAAUAUUAGAUAUGUACGUAAUUUUGGCCACUUCUACAUAUUUUUUAUCUGUGAGUCACACAUUCUCAAAUACUCAACAAAUUUCUCACCAAAUUUCCCGAUUUUUUUCAUGAAAAUUGUAAUCGAGUCUUCAACCCUUCACUUCAAUUUUCCCGCCAUUAUUACCAGAACUCAGAAGCUGAGUUAGUACCUCUACCUACGUUUAUGAUGGUUGAAAGAAAUAUGUGAAAAUUGACAAAAACUUCAAUUUAAUUUUUUCUCAAAUGUCCUUUUUUAUUUUAAGAUGAGCCCUGUAAAAAUUCGCGUUUUCUAAUUUGGAAAAAAAUGAGAGCGAAAAAAACAAACGUGAAGAUUCCAACCUAUACAAAAUGAAAUAUUACCUAGCCCUAUUGUAUUUAUUUUUGUAAAUUAUCGCGUGUAAAAAUAUCGUAUUAUUUUUUUAAGUUUGUUGGCCUAUUACAUUUUUUUUUCUUUUAAGAUAUCUACUUACACCUGAUCUGAUUAUGUAAGUAAUUUUUAAAAUGUCGUAUCACGAUGACAUUUCUUUAAGUAUUUGUAAUUUUUCUUCGAUGAUUAUUUUCCAAAUUGGAAAAUUUUUCACAACUGUCUAGUCUUUCUUAAUGUAAAAUCGGAUUGAAUAUUGUACGACUGAUUUUCGAUUCAUUUACCUAUUACCUACUACUUAAAAAUACCUAAUUUUUUUGGAAACUUAAUUUAAAUUUAGGCGAAUUGAAUCGCGAAUCAUUCCUCGUUAAACGUACUAGGUAAUAUAAUUAUUUUAUUUACCUACUCUUUCGAUUUCAUCACUUUCUGUAAUUUGUAACGUCCAAAUAUUUAAUGGCCAAGUUCCAAGUUCCAAAUAAUUUGAUGCUGAUUCGUUAAUCGAUUUUAUCGCUUAUAAAUUGGCAUAAAUGUCAGAAAUAAAAAUAAAUUCUACUUUUCGAUGGAAAUUGUUAAAAUGGAAACACGAUUUUCACCAGUAUAACAGAAGGACGCCUACCCUGUAUUAAAAAUAUGUAUUCGAUUGCAUUGUAAUUAUUAUUCUUAAAAAAUUGGUGCUUAAUAUGACAUCUCGCUAUACGACUUCUUCAUUCCGAUUGUGUAUUUAUUUACGUUGUAAUUAUAAUUUUUUUUUUCUUCAAUAUGUACCUAUUCCAUUUCGAUAUGCUCUACGUAUACUCGUUUGUUAUUUUAUUAUAAGUAUAUAAUUUUUUUUUAUAUACCAACUAUUACAACGACUACCUUUAUGACGAUUUCUACUCAGAAAGCAAUAAACAAAUUAUGCUAG